CAACUAGCGAUCAACGAUGGUGCUCGUGGACGAACCGUGUGGAUCUCCUGUGUCAUUCCUUGAAUUAAUUUAAAUGAUGUAAAAUGUAUAUGGAAUAGAGGCUCGCGUACGUCAGAUCGCUCGUCGUGCUCGCUCCGCUCGUUACCCCCGGCGAAGAUAUCCAUAGAUAACAAAAUGAUGUCCGACCGUAAAGCCGAGCUAGAGAGGAAGAAGGCGAAGCUCCAAGCUAUUAGGGAGGAGAAGGAGAGGCGCAGGAGGGAGAAAGAACAGAAGGAUGUAGAAGAAGCUACCGUUCGUGCCGCUGGCACGGACAAGGAUCAGCGCAAGGAGAUAGAUGCAAUGCUGUCUUCUUUGGGCGUAGCGCCAGUGUCGGAUGUACUCUCAAGUUUGUCAAGUAUGAGCUCGCUGACGCCUGAGCAAAGCGCUAAUGCUACACCAGACGCCAGUUUGCAACCGUCUAGUAUAAAUUCUGCUCAAAGCGCAGGACGAAGGAAGAAUCGGGAGCUGACAAUUGUCUCUGUGGCGCAUACAAACAUCCCGCCGAAAGAACCGGUCGUUUACAGCAAGCAAACGCAAACCAUUCAGACUACACACACAUCCCACGACGGACUGUCCACAUCGUCCUCUGCAUACACCAUCUACUCCUCCUGUUCAACAACAACACCAACUCACUCUUGCUCCGCAGGCUACUUUGAGACUGACUGGUGGCGUCCCAGGAAAGGUGGGUCUGCACCAAACUACCUAUCUCAUGCAUUCGACUAUUACGACGAGUACAAUCUAAAUCCUGGUUUAGAAUGGGAGGACGAAUUUACAGUUUUGACAUUUGAUGAUGGCCAAGCCGAAGACGAGGAAAAUAGCUUGCCGCACAUGGACGGCUUCCAGAGCAAGCUGCCACCGGGAAUCCUUCCUCACGGAUUGCCGCAAGUUAAGGAAGUCCAGCCUGCUGUUACACAGGUAGAGCAAGAGAAAGAGAAAGAGAAGCCCAAGAAAGAAGUACGGGAGCUUAGCGAAGAAGAGAAGCAAAUGAUUAUCCUGUCGGAAGACUUCCAACGAUUCCUCGAUCGCACCAGCAGAAUCGUGGAGAGAGCACUGGGCGAAUCGGUCGAUAUCUACACCGAUUAUGCUGGCACUAUGGACGGCGAAGACGGAAUGGACGAGAAGAGUCAUCAACGGCUGUGGCUGAAUCGCUCGUUCAUCUGCGAGCGAUGGUCUCGUAAUCGUUGUGUGACCUCUAUGGACUGGUCGCCGCAAUUCCCCGAGCUUUUGGCCGCUUCGUAUAACAAUAACGAUGACACUCCGAACGAUCCUGAUGGCGUGUGCCUAAUCUGGAACACGAAAUUCAAGAAAACAACUCCAGAGUUUAUCUUUCACUGUCAGUCGCCCGUUAUGUCCACUACAUUCGCCAGAUUCCAUCCGAAUUUGAUCCUUGGCGGCACAUACUCGGGUCAAAUCGUGCUCUGGGACAAUCGAGUGCAAAAGAGGACUCCUAUACAACGCACUCCUUUGUCAGCUACCGCGCAUACCCACCCGGUAUACUGCUUGAGCGUCGUUGGAACACAAAACGCGCACAAUCUAAUAAGCAUUUCGACGGACGGCAAAUUGUGCUCGUGGAGCCUGGACAUGCUGUCACAGCCGCAAGAAGCAUUGGAAUUGCACACGAAGCAAUCGAAAGCGAUCGCCGCCACGUGCUUGGCCUUCCCGCACGGCGACGUCAACAAUUUCGUCAUGGGAAGUGAGGACGGGACCGUUUACUCGGCCUGCCGACACGGUAGCCGCGCCGGGUUGACGGAAACGUACGAGGGUCAUCAGGGACCGGUGACCGGUAUCAGUGCACACGCGGUGCAGGGCGGGAUAGACUUUUCCCAUCUAUUCCUCACAUCUUCCCUCGACUGGACUAUCAAACUCUGGAGCCUAAAAGAGAACAAGUCUCUCUACUCUUUCGAGCACAACGGCGACUACGUUUACGACGUCGCUUGGUCUCCGACGCAUCCAGCGCUCUUCGCCGCUGUUGACGAUUCCGGUAGGCUGGACUUGUGGAAUCUGAAUCAAGAUACGGAGGUACCCACCGCCAGCGUCGUCGUCGAUGGGUGUCCAGCUCUGAACAGAGUGUCGUGGACGCCAAGCGGAUUGCAUGUCACUGUCGGCGAUGAUACCGGUAAAAUAUGGGUCUACGAUGUCGCCGAGCACCUAGCUCAUCCAAGGAUUGACGAAUGGAACAAGUUCCUGUACACGCAGCAGGACCUGAAGAACAACAAAGCGGACGAAGAACUGGACAAACUUAAUCUUAGUUCCGGCCCGUCUUCGUUAACAUCUAUGACAUCCAUUUCGUCAAUGCCCCUGAGAUAAAAACCACGAUUUAACUUUAGCGAUGUAAAUGCCAUAGUAACGUCCUCGAGCAAUCGCGAGUACACUCGCAAGAAAUAUUUGAGGGAGAAAUCUGUUGGGCUCCAAUCAUUUUACUGAAUGUAUUAGUCGCCAAUUUUCUAUUCUUCGCCGUUAAUGGAAGUUGGCUGUAUCGAACAACUCUUCGUGCUUGAAAAACAUACACAUAUUAACUUGUUAAAUUAAUAAUUAUUCUAAUACCAAUAUAUGUUUAAGAUCAAAGAUACUAGUUGAGAAUUGUAAAUAAGGCUUUAAUUGUAUUUUGAAGGAUUAUUUUAGAUCAUAUUUCUUGUGAUAAAGCUCAAAUAUGUUUCGUAGUAUAAUUUAUCAGUAUCGACAGCACUUGCGGUAAUGUUACAUAAUGCCAAAUUUAGGAAAUUCAAACCACUGAUGGGAACUUGCAAAGAUAAGAUAUUCUCUCGAUUGUAAUGUAAAGAAGGUACUUGUUGAGCUUACGAUGUAUCUAUGUACUUCCCCACUCAAGUAAUUUGUUUUAGUCGUGUUUUUUUUAUAAUCGCUAUUUUAAGAAACGUAUUUAUUAUAGGCGUUUUUGUAAUGUCACGUUUAAGUUGAUGCAAAUACAUUUAUUGCGAAAUAUUGCAAAUAAAACCUUUUUAAGCGUA